AUGGCCAAACCGUUACCUCUUCAUGCGGAUCUCAUCCAGUACCAACAUGCCGUUGCAGGCCAUGAUGGCACUUUAUGUGAUGUCAAUGGGGAGCUCUUCAUCAAGCCUUGUACGGCGGCGGAAAUAGCAUUUUACGAAGCUUCUGUUGCGUCGCAUCCCCAAUUCGCAGAGUACAUGCCGACGUAUCUGGGGACACUCACUCUGGACGCGGAUCAAGAAGUAACUUCUUUCGAGGACGCAAGCGCAGCCCUGAUUGCGAAGCAUACAAUUCCCGAAGUUGUAGUCCCGCCCAAGAACAACAAGCAGACGAAGAAAAUUGCCACUUCCCAGGCACUCGUGUUAGAAAAUGCCGCACAUGGUUUUGUGAAACCCAACAUUAUGGACACGAAAUUGGGGAUACGGUUGUGGGCGGAUGAUGCGCAUCCAGACAAGAAGACUCGGUUUGACAAAAUUACAGAAGAGACCACACACAAAACGUUUGGGUUUAGGGUGGCAGGUAUGAGAGUAUGGCAGGGCCACGGCGCUUCUGGACAAGACGUCGACGAGGAUGGUUACAAAAUCUUUGAUAAAGAUUAUGGCAAGGUAUUCAUAGGAAAUCACAACGUCAAAGAAGCGUUUCGAAAUUUUAUAUUCGCAGAGUCGGCAGGUAUCGACAAGGAACUCGGGAGACUAGUCGCGCAAGCCCUUCUCACAGACGUAAUGAGAAUUCAGGACGUUCUCGAAAACCAAGAAAGUCGCAUGUUCUCCUCGAGUCUCCUCUUUGUAUUCGAGGGCGACGGGGCGGCCCUGCGAUCGGCCAUGGAAGAAGCUAGCCGAUCACCCCCUACGUUAGCCAAUGGUGAUGAAAGCACCUCUGGCUCCUCUGAAGACGGCGAUGAGCUGGAACCGGCAGGUCCUAAAAUUUACGCUGUAAAUGUUAUUGAUUUCGCACAUGCGGAGUGGACGCCUGGGAUGGGUCCUGAUGAGAAUUCGCUCACGGGCGUCAGGAGCGUGGUUAAGAUCUUGAGGGAGUUGGCGGCGGAGUAA